CAUCGAAUGGCAUUUCGAAGCCAGAGAAGUAGAGGUAGGGGGGACUCUUUGUCUUUAAGGCCAGAGGCCAGAAAAGUCCCGAAUGAUAAGACAUUCUCGAAAUGGAAGUUGGACCCGAUUGUGGCUCCUUCUCUUUUUUUCACACCUGGAAGUUGAAGGAGGUUUCGGUGCUCUCCAGAUCGCGAUGAGACCGCAACGGCUGCUUCGCGAGCGGCCGAGCGCAUCUAACAUCCCCACAAUGUGGAUCCGGCAAUUCAUAAAGCAUGUGCUUCUGAUGAUAGUGAUAGAGAUGCAUAGCGCAUGCAACUUCAAACUUCACUUGGUUGGUGUUAGGAAUCAGGAUGGCCAUGGUGCGAGAUAACUUCGUUGGUGUUCAUUGGGAGCUUGUCAAGCAGAUCGAGAUAAGGCUUCGUUGGUUCCGAGGAGGGAUAAAGUAACCACUAACCACCAAGAACGUCCAUGGAGAUCUCACGGAAACACUCCCGUCCUCUUUGAAUACCUCUCCCGCUUGAACGAAAAAGCUACCUGAACC